AUGACAGUAAUUGCUGCAAUCAGUUGUGCUUUCUUAUUUUCCAUUCUCUGUGAAACAAGUGCAUUAGUGUUACCCAACUCCACUGACCUACUCCUGUCAAACAAUAAUUUCACUGACAUUGAGACGGCUUUGGCAGCUCAUCUGGACUCUGCAAAAAUUCCCAAAGCCAGGCGGAAGCGCUACAUUUCGCAGAAUGACAUGAUUGCCAUUCUUGAUUAUCAUAAUCAAGUCAGAGGCAAAGUCUUCCCACCUGCUUCCAACAUGGAAUAUAUGGUUUGGGAUGAAACUCUUGCCAAAUCUGCAGAGGCUUGGGCUGCUACAUGCAUUUGGGACCAUGGGCCUUCCUACUUACUGAGAUUCUUGGGCCAGAACCUGUCUGUAAGAACUGGAAGGUAUCGAUCUAUUCUCCAGCUGGUAAAGCCAUGGUAUGAUGAGGUGAAGGAUUAUGCUUUCCCUUAUCCUCAGGAUUGCAACCCCAGGUGUCCCAUGCGAUGUUAUGGACCCAUGUGCACCCAUUACACACAGAUGGUUUGGGCCACUUCCAAUCGUAUAGGCUGCGCAAUCCACACAUGCCACAAUAUGAACGUCUGGGGAUCUGUUUGGCGACGAGCUGUUUACUUGGUAUGCAACUAUGCCCCAAAGGGCAAUUGGAUUGGAGAAGCACCAUAUAAAGUAGGAGUCCCGUGUUCAGCUUGUCCUCCAAGCUAUGGAGGUUCUUGUACCGACAAUCUUUGUUUCCCAGGAGUAACA